ACGUAGACUUCCAGCAAGCAACAUGACGGACGGCUUUGACUGCGCCAGCUGCAAGGAGUCUCUUUACGGGCGCAAGUACAUCCAGGGCGAUGAAGGUCCUUUCUGCAUCCCCUGCUAUGACUCCCACUUUGCCAAUACCUGUGAUGAGUGCAAGGAGCUCAUUGGACACGACUGCCGGGAGCUCUACUACGAGGACCGCCAUUACCACGAGGGCUGCUUCCGCUGCUUCCGCUGCGACCGCUCCCUGGCAGACGAGCCCUUCACCUGCCAGGGCCAGGAGCUGCUCUGCAACGGCUGCUACUGCCGGGAGUUCUCCUCCCAGUGCGUGGCCUGCCAGCAGGUGGUCAUGCCAGGCUCUCGGAAGCUGGAGUACAACGGGCAGACCUGGCACGAGCACUGCUUCAUCUGCAGCAGCUGCCAGCAGCCCAUCGGAGCUCGUUCCUUCAUCCCGGAGCAGAGCGACUAUUAUUGCGUCCCCUGCUACGAGAGCAAAUUUGCUCCCCGCUGCACCCACUGCAAGAAGUCGCUGACCAAGGGAGGAGUGACUUACCGGGAUGAGCCGUGGCACAAGGAGUGCUUCGUUUGCGCGGGUUGCAAGGCUCCCCUGGCCGGGCAGCAGUUCACUUCUCAAGAGGAUCAGCCCUACUGCGUCAAGUGCUUUGGCAGCCUUUACGCCAAAAAGUGUAGCGCCUGCGCAAAGCCCAUCACAGGCUUUGGGGGAGGCAAGUAUGUCUCCUUCGAGGAUCGCCACUGGCACCAUAACUGCUUCAGCUGCUCCCGCUGCGCUACCUCACUCGUGGGGAAGGGCUUCAUCCCUGACAACGAUGAGAUCCUGUGCCGGGAAUGUGCCGGCAACCUCUGAAAGGACACCCUGUGUUGUUGUCCUCCAGAUUGUGUGUGUGCCAAAGUUCUCUCCUGGGGCAGCAGCAGGGCAGGGAUGGCUCUUCCCUCCCUGGCACUGCUGACUGGCGCCAGCCUCCUCUUUCCUGCAGGCCCAAAAUCUGGGCCGGGGUGCGCGCUCUCAGCUUUCUCACCUGGUCUGCUUCUGACUGACAAGCUCAGGCCGGUUCCCUUUUUUACCAGCAGAGUGGCAGUGAAGCCCACCACUGCCAACCGUGAUCUGCCUCAAGGGCUGUUUUCUUGGGGCCUGGAAGAGAGCAGGCGAAUGUCUCUCAGUAGUGGCUGGAGCCUUCCACUCCCCACCAAAGUGCGUCUGCUCUUGCCUCUGAUCCACCCCAGUUGUCUGAAUGCCAGCAGUAGCCAGCCCAGCUGUCCCCCUCCACCACCAUGUUUCUUUCUAGCCAUCUCCCUUCCCCGUCUCUCUUCUGCAUGGGGUGGGGACAGAGAGGAGCCCCAGAGGCCUCAUCUCUCUCCCGAGGCACUGUCUCUUUCCAUUCCCACCCAGGGCAGCAGCCCUCUGGGGGGGAGUCCUUCCCCUCCUUUGGUCCCCAGGAAUCCCUGAGUGGCUGAAAAAGAAGCCUUGGCACAGGCCCCCCGCAGAAGCUCCAUCUCUUUCUCUCUCAGCCCCCGGGCUCGUGCUUGAACCCCCUGCCGCCCCCUGCCCCAGGUUGAGGAACGUGAGGCCUGGGCUCUCUGCCUGCUGCUUUCUGUCCUUGGGCUCUCCCACCCUUCCAACCUGACCCUCCCCGCCAGGAAGGAGGGGGCUCUGUUGCCUCUGCAGACUUUCUCCGCGGCCUGAAUUUUCUUCCUGCCUCUCUUUGGUGGAAUGCUGUGCAUGUUCCUUUAAAUGAAUCAUGUAGCCAUUUCCUCAGAUGCUUUGCUGUCGGGGAGUCAGAGACCACAGCUGGGUGCCUGCCUGUUGGUGUGGAUGCUCACAUCUGGUCAGUGGAUCUCUCCCCCUCCUUUUCUGACUUUCUCUAAUAAAUCAUGUUAAUGGAUAAUUGAGGAUAAUUCACUUCAAGAAGCAGGGGGGUGAGAUGGGUUUUGCAUUCAGUCUCCUCACUGAGCUGCUUCCCCAUCCUGAAGGAUUCAGCACUUCCUCCUCCAACCCACCUCUGAUGCUUGGUCUUCAGAGCCUGCUGGGAGUACUUAGGACUUGGCCCCACCCAGGAUUUGGUGCAUGGAAGGAGAAUGGAGUGCCCCGUGAUAAAAUCGAGGGGUUGCUCCCACAAAGGGCAGGUGCUGCUUCACAUCCAUGUCAGCCUGAUGCUGUAGUCCUACCACAGCCUACUGACCCCCAAAGCGGGAGGGACGGGGACUCUUGAGACUCCUGUAACAGGAGUCAAGAUUCUCCAGCAAGCAUUGCCCGGAACAACUGGAUGUGAGCCAAAGUAGCUGUGGUGAAUUAAAGACAUCUCUCCGCGCUGUCGUUUC